UAAACGCGGAUACGAAAUUUUUUUAUUUUAUCAAAAUAAUUCAGAGUAAUUUUUAAAUUUUUUUUUUUUUUGGUAAAAAUCAUUUGUUCUUUUGUGAAAAUUUUUAUGAGAAACUUUAACAUUUUUAAGUGCUUCAAUAUAACAGAAAUAUUAAAAAUUAUUUUUAAUUUGUUUUAUUUUAGUACUUAAUUAUAUUUUUACUUUUAAUUUAAAUUAAGUGUAAACAAAACAAAAAGAAUUUAAACAUGAAGUGCGGGUUUUGACUACCUGUUUAUUUGAAGGAAACGCUAAAGUUGCAGAUGAUUUUCUUCCUAUUUUUUUGUUUUCUGUUUUGUAGUGCAUUUUAAGUACAAAGAUUUUGUUUGAACAUCUUUGCUCUAUUGUAUUUAUAAAUGUAUCUAUAUAUUUACAUACUUAUAUACAGUAUGUACAUAUUUAGUAUAUUUAGAAUUAAAAAUAUAAAAGUAAUGUAGACAAGCUAGAAUUUUAGAAUUUAUGUUGUUGCACUUUUUGGUUUACUUUUUAACCAUAAUUUAAUAAAAUUAAAAUAAACUACGAAUUCUAAGAUAAAAAAUUGAUUUAGUUAUAUUUGUAUGUACCUACAUAUAUUAUAUGUAUAUGUAUAUAUAUUAACAUAUUAAAUGGAUUUACAAACAUACAAAGGUAAAAUUAAAAAUUAAAUAAGGACAACAAAAAUUAAUAUUAAAUAUUAGUAACUUAAUAAAAAAAUAAAAAAGAUAAAAAAAGCGAAAUUGUGGAAAUUCCAGUUUAGAGUUUAGCGGAAAAUUGGAAUUUCGACUUGAAAAGAAGUUAAAAAAAAACGUGUUGAAUUUUCUUAAAAUUUUUGCUUUUCUGCAAUAAAGAAAUUUAGAAAAGAAAAAAGUGUAAUUUUAAAGAAAAGAAAAAUAUCUCUUUCUUUAUAUAAAUAUUUACAAUUGAAGAUUAAAAGAUUUAAAUUCGAAUUUUCAUUUUAUUUAAAGCUUUUUUAAUAUAAAAAAAAGUGCAUUAAUAAAAAGAAAAAAAAAUUAAAAGUGAAACUUGCACCGAAAAUUUUUUUUUAAAGAAAUUCGAAAAAGUGCUCUUCUUCUUCCUGCUUUAAAAUUUUGAUAAGGAAUUCAAAUAUAAAACAUAGACAACAAACAUUCUUCUAGAGUAUUCAAAUAUACUUAUAAGUUGUAUGAAAGGAUUAUUAAAAAAACUUUGCAAAAGGAACUCUAGGAUAUAAUGUUAAUAACUGUACACGAACGUUGCAUAUUUCGGUUUUCAAUGUACGAGGUAGGAUUAGGGACAUUUGAUUGGGCCUCAUCAGACUGUGCAUCAAGUAAGAAGUUGAUGUUCCAUCAUUGAUUUACAAAUUAUACAUUUUCCGUAAGAGCGAGCAAUUUUGUUCCAGUUAGCAACAUUCACUCGUUUCUUUAAAUAUGCAGAUCUUCCUUACUAAUACAUAUACAUAAAUAUUUAUAUUUGAAACUACUAUAUGAACAAGUCUAACGAAGUUUGUAAUAAUUAGAAAAUUUACUAAAUUUUUACAAUAAAUAGCAAGGAUUUUCUUUCAAAAAAAUUAGAAAUUAGAUCAAUAUAUUAAAUGCUCCAUCAAAUACACGAGACUUCGGACAGAAAAAAGGAAUUUAAAAAACGAAUUAAUACUAAUAAAAGUUGCAAAUCUGUGAAAAUGUAAAAACUGUUUGAGCAGGUGGUCUUAAUAGAAAAUCUAGAAAAUAUCAUUUAAAAUGUAAAAAGCAAUCAUCGCCGCUCAGCUAAAUACAGAAGGUGUCCACCUACUGUAUCACAUAAUCGCAACAAAACACUUGCAGAUUAUUUAAAAAAAAAAACAUUGUGAAAAAUAAACUACCUAAUGCACGAUCAAAUAUCAUUAAAUGCAAUAAAUUGAAGUGAUAUUUAAAAUUAAGCUCGAAUUUAAUUCUAUAAAUGCGUUUUCAUAUUGAAAAAGCAUUUUAAACCAAAUUUCCGAAAUGGCUGCAACUGAUGGUCAAAUAAUAUUAGCCGCUUCUCGGUUUGGAGAUACACCACCAUUAUACAUUCCAGAUUUUGCUAAACAAGAUUUACCAGCUAUAGCUAAAAUUGUAAAAGGACAACAUCAUAAUUUGGGUGUACCUACCUUAUCCAAUCCAUCAUUACAAUCAACAGCACUUUUUUUAAGUGCUGGAAAAAUAUAUAAAAUUUUAGCCCAACCAUUAAAAAUUAAAGAAGGUCGUAAACCAACAAAUGUUGGUUCAAAGGUGCUUAUACCGGAAUCAUAUCAAGGUUAUUUUGAAUUAUUAAGUGAAGAUGGACGCUCAACACGUUGUAUUAGUACAGUAUUAGAAUUAUCAAAACGUCGUAAUUUUCGUGUUCUAGUACGUGAAACAUUUCGAUGUAAUCAUAUGAAUAAAACAAUAUAUGCCGGCGAAAUAUUAACAACAAUUGCUGAUAAUGGAAAAAUUUUACAAUGUAAAACAUUAAAAGAUGAAAUUGUUAAUUUACCGCUAGAAACCAAAGCUAAGUUUUCACCAAUUGCUAAAGAAGACAGCAUUAGUGGAGUACAUUCGGUGAAAAAUUUAUUAUUAAAACGUAUGCCAGUUAUUGUUAGAUUAGUUCAUGGUAGUACACCGAAAGAUUUAAAACAACCCUUUGUACCGGAAUUACGUCUAUUAGGCUGUGUUGAAGUUGACCGUUUAUUUGCAUUACCAUUACAAAAGGAAAGCGAUUUAGUGCCAGUGCCAUUGAAUUCAAAAAUGAAAUUGCAGAGAGCUAAAAAUAUGGAACAGUUACAACAUUUUAUUGAAUAUUCAAGAUUUUAUGAGAAAGCUCAACGUUUAUUAGUCGACGCAAGAGAUCGAAUAGAAAUUGUUGAUUUAAAAUUAGAUAAUGAAAGAGACAAAAAAAAUAUAAAAUUGGGUCAUCAUCGUGGUAAUAAACUUCCAUUAAUGAUGACGCCACUUGCACCUGGAAUUAGUUUAAGUACUAACGCUGUUAAUGGUGACAGUAAUCAUGAAGUUGGUUAUGUAUUAUGUAAAAGUGCCAGUUAUGAUUCAUAUACUAGUAAACAUUUAAGUAAUGUUCACUAUCAUCAUCAAUUAUUUAUGUCAUCACAUCAUCAUAACCAACAGAGUCAACCAGUAAAUAGUGAAAUUGCUGAUGAAUAUAAUGAAAUUGAUCAUAUAUAUGAUUAUGUUCGUGGCUUAACACCAUUGUCAAAAGAAAUUCAUCGACACAAAACUAUUUGUGAAAGAUCAACACCAUCACCGCCGAAACCGCAAAAUAAUCACCAACAUUAUCACGAUCACCAUUUACCACCGCAACAGCAACAGCAACCUCUACCACUACCACCAACACAACAGCAACAACAGCAAUUUGUCUCAUCAAAAGGCGAUAGCGGAAAUCAUAGUAGUCUAAUUCGUGUUAGUCAUAAUAGUAUUAAUAAGAAUGAUAGUAAUAGUAGUAAUAAUAGUAAUAAAAAUAGUAACUUAGAAUCAAAUAAAAAAGCAAAUAGCACUCGUCAGCACCAUAAUAAUAAUAACAACAAUAAUAAUAAUGAUAAUUUUCAAAAUGACAUUAAUUAUAAUAGUAAUAACAGCAGUAAUAGUAAUAACAACAGUGGUAACAGUCAUCAUUAUCAAUAUCCAUUAGAACAUACUCAAAGUUGUACGAAUGUAAAAACACAAAUGCAUACAAUUAAGCCAUAUUAUUACCAUAGUCAUAUUCAGGAAGAAAUAAAACCAGUGCCACCACGCAUUGAAACAAUACCUAGUAAAAAAAAAUUAUCUGGAAAACGUCAAAGACUAAUGUUACCAAAAAUUUACUUGUAAAUAUAUUAAAAUCAUUAUAAAUUUGUUAUUAUUAUUAUCAUAAUUAUUAUUAUUAUUAUUAUUGACGAAAUUAAAGAUCUUUUGAGUAUUAGUAUUUAUGUUACUUGGAACCAGCAUUAUUAUUCUUGUAAGCAGGCUGACAGUAAUUGUAUAAUAAUUGGCAAAUGAAAGCUUCUUAUGAAAAUAAUUCUUGAUUGCCGAUCACUUUAUGAUAAAAGUUUUAUUUGAAUCAGUCUAUUGCAAUAUAUUGUUUAAUUACAAGAAUUCUGCACGAAAGCUGUAAUAAUUCGGGAAUAAAAUUUGUGAAAAUCGAGUUUUCGUAUGCAGCUUUCAUUGUAUAAAUUUAAAGAUUUGUCUUUUGACCGGGCUGGCUUAUCGCGUGAUCUUUAAUUUUCGUCAUCUGAACCAGAUCUCUUAAAGAAAAAUAAAAUAAAAUAAAAUUUAUUAUUACUAAUGGUGAUAAUGAGAGCAAUUUUAAAAUUGAAGCAUUAAUUAAAGCAUCAAAAAAUUGAAUCAUAAAAUCGAUAAUUAAUAUGUUAAUUUUUUUUAAUACAUUUAGACAAGUUGACCCGUUUAUCGUUUCAUAGAAUUAUUAUAAAAAACUAAAGCAGCUUAAAAAUGUUAAAAAAACUAAAUAAGUA